AUGUCCGCAGCCCCGGCCGAAGGCCCAGAAGGCCCCGAUGCCUUCAGCCGGGCCCUGCCCCUCCCCUUCCGCCUCCAACUCGAACUGAUCCUCGGAUUCUGGCUCUGGGGUCUAAACUUGCACGGCUUCUGGCUCUUAAACAUCGAUAUCUUCAGUCUAAUCCGGUACCCUGUUCGACCUGAUGGGGAGGGCGAGCCAGCGUUGCAUACGUCGACGUAUCGACUUGCGGGAGUCCUCACGGGGAUAUGGAUGUUUGCGAUUGUGGUGUUUUGGAAUGUUACGGGGGGAGAGGCGGAGUUGGUUAUUGCGUAUGAUUGGAUUCCGAAUGUGUUGUUCUUUGCUAUGAUGGGGGUGUUGGUUCUGCCGAGGGUGGGAAUUGGGAGGGCGUUGUUUGGGAUGAGGAAUUCGAAUGGUGUGGCGAGGCUGUUUCAGGGAUUGAAAAGGUGCUCUAUUGGAGGCAUUGCGAAGCCUAAGCCGGAGAAGUUUGGGGAUGUGUUGUUGGCGGAUGCGUUGACGAGUUAUUCGAAGCCUAUUUCGGAGGUGUUUGUGACGUUUUGCAUGUUCUUCAAGGGCCUGCAUACGACGAACAAGCCGGACCGACUGUGUGCGCAUGAGGCGAUUGUGCCCUUGGCGAUUGCAUGGCCGUUCAUGAUUCGACUGAGCCAGUGUUUGAAGGAAGGUCAGAGAGCCAACGCGCUGAAGUAUGCGACUGCCUUCCCGGUCAUCAUCUUGAGCUCAAUCGCGAGGAACAAUCCAGGGUAUCAAUUCUUCUGGACCCUAGCAGCCUUGAUAAACUCCCUCUACUCCUUCUGGUGGGACGUCACCAUGGACUGGGACCUCACGCUCCUCUCUCAGACCUACCACGCCCAGCCCGACAAGCCAUUAGGUCUACGGCAGCAUCGAAUCUUCAGACUGCCGAUGAUAUACUACAUCGUGAUCGCCUUUGACCUGAUCUUCCGUUUCGCUUGGUCCAUGAAGCUCUCGUUGCACCUUGUGUAUCUCGACGGUAUAGAAGGCGGAAUCUUCUUGCUGGAGAUUAUGGAACUGGUGCGAAGGUGGGUGUGGGUGUACUUUAGGGUGGAGACAGAGUAUGUACGAAAUCUGCCGGGGGCAGGUAUAGAUCUGUAA